AUGGCUGUGGCGGCGCGAUGCUGUUACAGCAUAACGCAGAAUGUGCCUUUUACUUUUUAUUUGGUAAUUUUUCUACUCAGUGGCCUUACAAAUGCACAAAUACGAUACACCAUUCCGGAGGAGCUGGAGAAUGGGGCUGUGGUCGGCGACAUUGUUCGAGAUUUGGGUCUGGACCUGCGAAAGCUCUCUUCCCGACGCAUCCGAAUCACGACGGACAGCGCAAGGAGAUAUUUCAACAUAAAUCAUAAAAACGGCAAGCUGUCGGUGAGUGACCGCAUCGACCGAGAGACGCUGUGUGAAUUCAGCGGCACAUGUUCCCUCAACCUAGAGGUGGUGGUUGAGAACCCGCUCGAGGUGCACAACGUGGAGGUGGAGAUUCUGGAUGCGAAUGACAACUCGCCACAGUUCCCCCGGGACGAGUACCAGCUGGAGAUCUUGGAGUCCGCUAUAACGGGGUCCCGGUUCCCCAUCGAAGGCGCGCAGGAUGCAGAUGAGGGCUCAAAUUCGGUUCGGCUCUAUCGGCUCAGCAACAACGAGCACCUCGCGCUGGACUCCAACAAGCCCGUGGCAAACAGCAAGCACAUCGAGCUCGUGCUCAAAAAGCCAUUUGACCGCGAGCAUACACCGUCUCAUCAGUUCAUACUGACAGCUGUCGACGGAGGCACCCCGGCGCGCACGGGCACAGCCAAAAUCAACGUUCAUGUCCUGGAUUCCAACGACAAUGUGCCCGCGUUCGACAACUCCGUGUACAAAGUGAAACUGUUAGAGAACUCGCCCAAGGGCGCUCUGGUGAUAAAGUUAAACGCCACAGACCCGGAUGAAGGCACAAACGGGGAGGUGUUUUACUCUUUCAGCAGUUACACCCCAGAGAGGGUGAGACAAAUGUUCUCCAUGGAUACAGAUACAGGAGAGAUCCGAGUGAAGAACAACAUAGACUAUGAGGAGACUAAUUCCUAUGAGAUGUACAUACAAGCUAUGGACAGGGGCCCUUCUGCGGUGGCCGUCCACUGUAAAGUGGUUGUAGAGGUUUUGGAUGUGAAUGACAAUAUCCCAGAGAUCGUGCUGUCCUCUCUGUCCAGCCCAGUCCGUGAGGACGCUCGGGCGGACACGGUGGUGGCCUUGAUCAGCGUUAAUGACCGGGACUCCGCCCAGAACAAACAGGUGACCCUGGAGAUCCAACCUGGCCUCCCCUUUAAGAUCAAGUCCUUCCGGAACCACUACACCUUAGUCACUUCUGCCUUCCUAGACCGGGAAACCAUCUCCACCUACAAUGUCACGGUAACCGCCAUUGACGGAGGGACCCCGGCCCUCUCCUCACACAUGACCAUUAAAGUUGACGUGGCGGAUGUCAAUGACAACCCUCCUCGCUUCGAACAGACGUCCUACACAGUGUACAUGACAGAGAACAACGCGCCCGGGGCCUCAAUGUGCGUGGUGAAGGCUCUGGACGCAGACACCGGGGAGAAUGCUCGCAUCACCUACACCGUCCUCAAUGACAACAACCACGGAAUCCCUGUGGCAAGCUACGUCAGCAUCAAACCCGACACGGGCGAGGCCUAUGCCCUGCGAGCCUUCGACUUUGAGAAGCUCAGAGAGUUCCACUUCCAGGUGAAAGCCCAGGAUGGUGGCGUGCCGCCCCUCAGCCGUGUGGCAACCGUCUAUGUUUACAUCAUGGACCAGAACGACCACUCCCCCAGGAUAGUCCAUCCUCCAGCCAAUGGGACGCGGACCACUGAGACGCUGAUGAAGAAUGCGGAGGCGGGGGCUCUGGUGACCAAGGUGGUGGCGUGGGACGGGGACGCGGGUCAGAACGCCUGGCUGGUGUACGCCCUGGAGCAGAUCACCUCCGAGCUGGACCUGUUUAAAGUCCAUGAGCACACGGGGGAGAUCCGCACCACGCGGCGUGUCAGCGAGGACAACUCCACCUCCUUCCUGCUCACCGUGCUGGUCCACGACCAUGGCCUCCCGCCACUCUCCUCCACCGCCACCAUCAAUGUGCACGUCAUGGAGCUGCCGCCCAAGCUGACCCCUGACCCCAAACGUAUCAUCAGGCCUCACAGCCCACUACUGUUCUCCAACGUGACCCUCUACCUGAUCGUGGCCCUGAGCGCCACCACCUUUGUGUUCCUGGUCACCAUUGUGGUGCUGGCCAUCGUCCGCUGCCACGCCUACUGCACCCAGCCCGGCUCCUGCUCCCCAUGCUGUGUGUCCCAAAAGAGAGUCCCCGAGGGGGGCACCUCGGCCGGCGGGGGUGGAGGGUCAUUGGGUCGAGGUGGAGGUGGCGGUGGAGGAGGAGGUCAGGGUCAACCCAACAAUAACGUUGCUCUGCGGAGAGACCUGAAAGUGGAGCCUCACUACAUUGAGGUGCGGGGGAACGGCUCCAUGACCAAAACGUACUGCUAUAAGACAUGUAUGACGGCCACGUCGGGGAGUGACACCUUCAUGUUCUAUAACACGGGCCGGCCCCACAGCGGCACCUGGGGCUCCGGGGGAUACGUUACCAGCCAGAGUGGACAGAGCCAGAUGUUUGUGCGCAGGCUCAGCAUGCCAGACGCAACUGCGAUACAGGUGUGUGUGUGUCCCAAGGUGCCCAAUUCAGACUGGCGUUACUCUGCUUCACUUAGGGCUGGGAUGCAGAGCUCAGUGCACAUGGAGGAGUCGUCGGUGAUGCAGGGAGCGCAGGGGGUUCUGGUCCAGAACUGGCCGACCGUGUCUAGCGCCGCCGGAGAUGCUGAGGGUGGAGAGGUGUCCCCACCCAUGGGAGCCGGAGUGGACAGUAACAGCUGGCACUUCCGUUACGGCGCCGGUGGUCCCGGAGGACCCCCCCAGCACCUGAAGCCCGGCGAGGUCCCCCCCGAAGCCUUCAUCAUCCCUGGAUCGCCCGCCAUCAUCUCUAUCCGCCAGCAGGGAGGAGAGGACGACAAGAGCGACUUCAUCAGCUUCGGAAAGAAGGAGGAGGCCAAGAAGAAGAAAAAGAAGAAGAAGGAGAAGAAGGAUAAGAAGGAUAAGGGGAAGGAUGACGAUGAGUAGAGGAGGGAGGAGGAGGAGGAGGAAGAGAAGGAAGGGGAGCUGUUGAAACAGAGGUACCAACCAAAGUCCACCAGGAAACAAAAAUAAAAUUAUUUUAGACCACAGGUGAAAAGAGAUCCCCAAUUCUACUUCAUAAUCUCUGGCUCAGUAACACAGACAGGCAGACAAAGUCACACUGCCGUAGUCUGCUCUAUACCCACCCCUGCGACAAAGAUAAUAGCCCAAAUCUCUCUGGUAAAAAUCGGCUUUACCAAGAUUAUUGAAGAUUACUGUCGCCUCACAAAUCCCUUACUGGGGUAAUUGAUUAAUCAUGCCUUGAUGAGAAAAAAACAGAUUGAUAAAUGUUCCUCCAUGCCCCCUGGUGCCUAUACACCUUGAGCCAAACGAUACCCUCCCUACUCUUCUCAGCGAGGGGACGAGAGCCACUGUCUCCCCUCGCCCUCUGCUUUUCACCCUCCCACCCACGGAUACGUUGGCACCUCUGUCUUACCCCUUCCCACCAUGUUGUAUAAUUCACUCUCUUUGAGAGGAAAAGAAAAUCCAACAGCAAGAAGAAAACAGCUCUGUGCCAGCCUCGGAAAAAGAGCAAAAAAAAAAAGGAAAUGACGAGAAGAAAGUAAACUGAAGACUACACAACAGAAGACGAGUUAAAUGUUGGUGAUUUAGAGCUGGACACUCACACUUGUAAAUAGCACGGGAGAGAGUCGCUAAAGCUGAGGCUAAAGGCUAACAUGACACUGCUGCUGCGGCUUCCUAUCGCGCUCUCUAGCCGUCAGUGUUCCCUGUGACGGCAAGGAAAACAUGGCUGUCAAUGACAAAACACAUACACGCUGACACACACUCGCUGUAACAACCCGGACACUGAGAACACCUGAGAACUGGAGAGAGGUAAAAAAUAAAAUAAAAAAUACAGGAGCAGCCAACAAAACGACAUUGUGUUUAAUACAGAACGCAAGCUUUUCCCCAGCAGCACAGCAGUCUCCUAAGCAGUACACAUGUGUACAGUAGAUCUACUCUCUCAGGGUUGGCACAGCAGCAUCCCCUGCAGUUACUCCUGAUGGGUUCGCUCACUACUCUCUUUUGGGACAACCAGAUCCUUCUCUCGCUCAAUGCAAACAGAUAAAACGAGGGAUCGAGAGAAAGGGGGAACACUCUUCAGAGUCUCUUGAGAACGAAAGAGAGAAGAGUCCAGUUGAGUUGGCCUGUGAUCCAGCUUUGUUGAUCUGAGCUCAGUUGGAACCUUGUAGAAUAGCAGGAACGUCUCUAGCUAAAGAGGAUCUCUUCUACUCUCCCCUGCCACUCAGCAAAAGCCUGAGGCUUUCUGCUCUGAAUGUUUGGUAGCAACCAUCACUUACCUGAUAUCCGACCUGAUCCCCAUCCUCCACAGCCCCCCCCCCCCCCUUUUCCACUCCCUGCCCCUACCCACAGAUUCUCAUCCCCACCCUUACACCAACCACAGACUGCUUCUUCACAUGAUGAUGAUGAAUCUGUGAAACUUUUUCACUUUCUAUUGGUUCUUGGAGAAGACCCACGAUUUCCUACUCUGUUUUGUUAGCUUUAACUGCUCUGCAGCGCUUCUGCUUGUCCCACCCCCCUUGCCCUCGGCCUUUCUCUUUUUCUGGCCAUGGACUCCCCCUCUAACCCCAUGUUCUGUCAGGGUGAACUGGGAAGGCUGAACAUUGUGGUGUGCUGGGAACAGCAUGGAGUAAUGUGUAAGAGGCCUGAAGAACCCAGUCGGGACCGGGGUUCCAUUAUUCUGAGUUCUAACGCCAGAUGUCUCCAAGUGCAAAACGGUUGAGUGCUUUUAACUUGUGAAUACUACGCUGUUCAUUCCUGUUUGUGGUCCCUGGCGAGAGGGGGCGAGGUGGGAUGGGGACAGGGAUGGGGUGGAUGUCUGGGACAUGGUUCUGAGGGCUAGGCCUAUCCUCCAUGUUCCUGAGUACACGUAUAUCUCGAAAUUGAUUGAUUAUGAUUGGUGAAUCAAAACAGUAGGUCAUCCUUUGGCUUUUAUGUACACGAAAAAUGUAGUUAGACUUGCUUUUUAUAUAUGUGGCCUGUGCAUUAAUAAAUGCAAUGUAUACGCUAAUUAUUACAUUAUUAAUGAAUAAAUAAAUAAGAGCAUCUAAGGAUUCCCACCCCACAGCUCUAUCCCACCAAUCCCCUCUCAGGAGGUUUUGUAAAGGGGCGGAGACAUGCUUCAGCCCUGCUUCGAUUGGUUCCCCGUUCCCCUGCCUGUAUGUCGUUGCGACGCCCCCCCCCCCCCCCCCCCCCUCCAGGUUUUGCGGCUCAAUAUGACGUCACUCCACUAAAGCGGCUGCUGCAUGUUCGUCUCAAAGGAAACUCAAACAAUAUAGAGAUACAAAAUAUAUAUAUAGAAAUAGAUGGCUAUGAUUUUAUUGUUUCGUAUUAUAAUUUGACUUUAUGACUCCCACAGGAGAUAUGUGUAUGUACCGUCUCUGCCAUGCAUCUUCUACAUAUUACACCCUCCGCACUCCACAAGACAGUGGUGUUGUAUGACGUUAACUAAACCUUUUCGAUAUUUGUAAAUGCUGUUGUGUGAUGCCCUUGAACUCAACUCUGUUCAUUUUGUUUUAUGGAAAUAGGAUUUUCGUUUUUGAGAACAAGCAACAACAAAAACGUUUCGUGUCCGGCUUUGACAUGAUCUAACUAACACUGUAAUAUUGUAACUGAAAUAUGUAUGAUCCUGUGAUGAGCUAUCCUCUUCCCUUUCACUCCCUUUCAACAGAAAAAAAUGAAAAAAUAACCACAAAAAAAGAAGACAAUUCCUAUGUAAAAAUUGUAUAUGUAGUGUAUGCUUGUGUUUAGUGAGCGUUCACGCGGUCAUUCUUUUAUCAGCGUAUGAUGGUGACCAAUGGUGGCGCUGUCCUGGCCUACUGAUCAGUACAGAUCUGUUGUGAAACCUUUUUUGUACACCUGCUCAUCUACUGUGACGGUGAAGUAGUGAAAUUUCAUUUCUUUCUGUUUUUUUAUUUGACCUAAAUGGAUACAGUGGUAAUGUGUUUUGUUUAUAAAUCACUAAAUAAAAAUUUUCUUUCAUAAAAUGA